AUGGCGUCUCUGCCGAAAAGAAAGGAACGGCUGCAGCUCUCUUGCAGUUUCUGCCGUCAGAAGAAAUUGCGAUGCGACCGGAAUCAUCCAUGUGGUAACUGCGUCAGACGCGGUCUGGCAUCGUCCUGCCGCUUUAUGAAGUCGGAUGGCCCAGCUGAUUCGGAUAUCGUCCACAUGCGCAGACGUAUCCAUGACCUGGAGCAGCUGAUCCGGUCUCUGGUGGAGAAUCGGAACAGCCAAGAUGUAGUAGCUCGCGAUCAGCGGGGGAAUGGUCAGGAAGAUCCUGUUCUGUCGACUCCUCCCGCUGUUGCUUCCCACCAAGCAGGGGCAGGCAAAGAAGUCAGCGAGUCCAUCGGACAAGUGAAAGAAUUCCUCGAGAGCAAUAGCGAGCUCGAGCGACAGCAUGGACCGACGAAUGACAACCAGUUUGGCCCCGAGCUUCUUCGCAGCGAUUCGUACCUUCCUACCAAAGCAGAGAUUCUCAGUUCGAUACCCCCGCGACCCAUCGUUGAUCGACUGGUAUCUCGUUACUUCAGCUUUGUGGAUGGACUAUCUGACGCUGACAUGUAUCAGUAUGAACAAUUCUGGGAAAACCAGCAGACCACACCCGUCAUGUGGCUUGGGCUGUUAUUCUGCAUCAUGUGUCUGGCGACGCUGUAUUCGAUGCGUGCUGGACGUCGAGUGCUCGACUCCGAGGCUGAUCCUGAAGAAAGCAUCCUCCUUUUCCGCCACCGGGCGGUCCAAUGCCUGAAGCUGGCUGACUAUACGCAAAGUCCGCCCUACACGAUCGAAACGCUCCUGCUGUAUCUUUCCUCGGAGUACUUCCGCAGCAACGACACGCAAUUCGGGCUGUGGCUGGUCUUUGGGAUGGUUGUCAGACUCGCCUUCCGCAUGGGCUACCACCGCGAUCCCAGCCACUACCCGGGUCGGAUUUCCGCCUUUGACGCCGAGAUGCGUCGUCGCGUGUGGGCUGUGUUGAUGCCUCUGGAUAUUCUGGGGUCAGGGCAAGUGGGCCAGCCUUUUAUGACCAAGCUCUCCCAGGUAGACACCGAGCCCCCGGCCAAUCUCCACGACCAAGACUUUGAUAAAAACACGUCUGUGAUGCCCGCGGGGCGACCUGCCAACGAGCUCACCGGCGUCUCCUAUACCAUCAUCAAAACCAAGCUCGCCGCUGUGUAUGGGCAUAUCUCAGACCUGACCGGCUCGGACCGGCAGUUGCGAGACACGUAUGCCUCCAUGCCGCCGCCGUUGCAGAUGCGACCUGUUCGGAGUUCAAUCCUCGACCCGCACCAUCUGAUCAUGCAGCGAUUCAAUCUGGACCUCCUGUUCCUCAAGACUGUCUGUAUCCUGCACCGCAAAUACCUGAUCCUGGCCUGGUCCGAGCCACGGUACUCUUACUCUCGAACCGCCUGCCUCGAAGCAGCAUGGAAGAUCCUUCGGCAUCAAGCUGUGAUCCACGCCGAGACAAAACCAGACGGCUUGCUGCAUGAGGACAAGUGGCUAGUAUCCGCUCUCAGCAGCCACGAUUUCCUGCUAGCCGCGAUGAUCCUUUGUCUGGACAUUGAUCAUCGGCAGCGCUGUCGUGAUCAGAUCGAGCAGACGACCUCCUCUCUCACGGAAGACGAGCUGCUGCAGGAGCUCGAAGAAUCACACGCCAGCUGGCGCGAAUCGAGCAGCCAGUCCGCCGAGGCGUUGAGCGCAUACCGCACACUCAGCAUCAUGCUGAAGAAGCUGGACCGGAAGGACCCAUCUUCAGCGCAAGUAAAUAAUUCUGACAUCUUGCAAACAUCGAACGCUCAACCAUUGCCCGCGAUUCCAAGCCAGGACAAUGCACAGGAUUCGUCAGAACUUUCAAGUCUGGGCCAGGCUGCCCCUUGCAACGACUUGGCCAUGUUUCAGGAGGGUGAAAUUCAAAGGUGGAUGGAUGCAGCGGAGAUGAUCAACUGGAUAGUACUCUUCAAAGAACUUGCACUUGGCAGAUUCCAGACAGUAGCAACAUCAUGUCUGACACGCCUGGACGAGCGUGUGCCAGCGCUACAGGCCUGGCACGUCAAGCUAGGGAGUACAGAAAGCGACGACACAGGAGGGUGGAACAGUGUCCUAGAGAGCAAGACGGAGAUCAGUGUCAAACAGGGCCAAAAGCGCCCUCAUGUCUCCGCUGAAGAGGAAGCAACUGGGGUCAAGAGAAUCAGAACAAAACAAAUAGGACGCAGAUUCAGUGGCAAGGCGCCUCGCAAGAUACUGACGAGCACCAAUGCGAACAAGAUCGAAGAAGAGGACGAGGAAGAAGAAGACAGCGCGACCAUGACCCUUCCCCCAGCCCUGGGACAUGAAAGCUCUGUCCGACAAGACUACGGCCUGACCACGACGUACGAGCUGCCUGGCCAACGCACCCUGAUCCCAUCCAGCGUCCCGCGCAGACACAUCCUGGCGGAGCUGGACCUGGCGACGGUGACUCUGUCGCACGUCCUGAUUCCCAAACUGCGUCCGGCGGCCUUCCUGACGGCGAAGAUGCAGAACACCUUCCUGGGGACGGUCCCCUUCGCUGCCUGUGCCCCGGGCAAUGUCUGCAAUCUGUCGCUGAGCGUGGAUCCCUCCAUUCUCGUAGCAUACGGCCCUCCGACGGUCCGACGGGCGACAGCGGGACUCCUCACCAAGGAGGACUCUGCGGUGUUCACCCGGGCAUGCUGGAUCAAGAACACCAAGACGACCGCGGUGUCGAUCUCCGCCAUGGACCAGGUCCCCGUGAGUCAGGACGAGAAGCUGCGCGUGAACAUCCUCGAGCCGAAGGGCCUAGAGCAGGAGGGUGAUCAGACUCAUCUAGACGGGCAAUGGGGCGAGGGCGUGGCCUCGUUCGAGAAGGACGGCGAGGUGAAGUGGCAGAUCUCGCAGCUGGGGGGAAAAGAGGUCCGACUGGUGCUGGAGUACGAGACCCGGCUGCCACGGGGGCAUCGAAUUAUCGAGAAUUAG